CCAAGCCCAAUACCAAGUCCUGUUUUGGGGAGAAAACCAAACGCUAGUCAGUCGCUGCUUGUGUGGUGCAAAGAAGUUACAAAAAACUAUAGGGGAGUGAAAAUCACCAAUUUUACUACGUCCUGGAGGAACGGUUUAUCCUUUUGUGCAAUAUUACAUCACUUUAGACCAGACCUAAUUGACUACAAGUCCCUGAAUCCUCAAGAUAUUAAAGAGAACAACAAAAAGGCAUACGAUGGGUUUGCCAGUUUAGGAAUAUCACGAUUGCUGGAACCUUCUGACAUGGUAUUAUUAGCGAUACCUGACAAACUGACUGUUAUGACCUAUCUCUAUCAAAUAAGGGCUCAUUUCUGUGGCCAAGAACUAAACGUGGUUCAAAUAGAGGAGAACAGUAGUAAAAGCACCUAUAAAGUAGGUAACUAUGAAACGGACACAAACAGUUCUGUUGACCAGGAAAAAUUCUACGCAGAGCUGAACGACCUGAACCGGGAGCCUGAGCUGCAUCCGCCGGACAGUGCUUUGGCAGACUUUGCUUCUCAGGACGACUCCGUGUUCGUAAAUGACAGCGGCGUUGGCGAAUCUGAGAGCGAGCAUCAGACUCCCGAUGACCAUUUAAGCCCAAGCACAGCUUCCCCUUCUUCUCGCAGGACUCGAAGUGACACAGAUCCACAAAAAUCCCAGCAGAGCUCUGGAAGGACUUCUGCUUCUGAAGACAUUGGGAAGUGUACCAGUACAGACACAACGCAAGCGCAGCCGGUGUUGGGAAGGAAGAAAUUGCUGAUAGCUGACGCUUUAGACUUGAGUGACUUGGCACAUGUUAGUGAUCAAAAGGAGGACGUGUCUCCCACAGUUGCUUGUGAAGAUAAUGACAAGAAGAGACACCAGAGCUCAGACAGUACCAUUGGUUUCUCAGAGCAAGAAAAGCUGGGACGUAUAGGAUCGACAGAGAGCACGAGAGCAGAUCCUGGUUCACCUGUCACAAAGCCGAGUUUAUCUCCUACUUCCAAGCUUGGAUACUCCUAUAAUAAGGAUACGGAAGCUGCAAAGAAACCACAUGCUUCUCCAAGGCAAACAGAAUCUGAUUCUGACAGCGAUGCCAGAACGGCUUUAAAUCAUGCAGAUCAAACUGCAAAAACAGCCCAGCAACGAAUGUUGUCAAGACAGGAAGAACUUAAAGAACGAGCGAGAGUUCUGCUUGAGCAAGCAAGAAGAGAUGCAGCUUUAAAGGCAGGGAACAAGCAACUAACCAAUACGAUCAUCCCAGCCCGCAAUAAGCAGCUGAAUGAUGUAAGAAAUUUUGGCCAUUAUGGCAGUUUACAUAGUUCAAAUGUAUU